UCAGCCUAACUUUUAUUGUAUGCCUGUUCAGAUACUUCUUCUAUCGAAUGCUGCAGCCUAAUUAGAGCGGCUUGGAGGGCUAAGAAUACAGGGAAUAACAUGGGUUGCUUAGGUUCGAAGGAGGAGAGUAACACAAAUGAAGAAACCAACGAAAAACCGACGUUCAGUUGGGAAAAAGGUCCCCGCUUAGAUCCCAAGGAUUACACCAUCGGUGAUCUGACAGGCGAACUUGCCGCGAAAAUGCCUGGCGAAAUAAACGGACAGCAGUUCAUAAUUCAAAACAACAAGGAUUGUAGGAUUUUUGUUUUGGAUCACGCAGAAACCAUAACAAUUGAUGACUGUAUAAAUUGCCAGAUCGUGAUUGGGCCAUGUGCUGGGAGUGUAUAUUUUCGAGAUUGUCAAGACUGUAAGGUUUUGGUGGCUUGUCAACAGUUUCGAACUCGAGAUUGCAAGAAAAUGGACUUCUUUUUAUGUUGUGGUACACAACCUGUGAUAGAAUCCUCAAAAGGAAUGAAGUUUGGCUGUUAUCAGUAUUAUUAUCCUGAGUUAGAAGGCCAGUUUGAGGCAGCAAAACUAAGUUUAUACAAUAACAACUGGAGCAACAUUCAUGACUUCACACCAGCUGCAGGAGAAACAACUUGGGGCUUAAUUCCAGAGGAGGAUGCAACAAAUAUUGAAACUCUUAUACCAACACCAGAACAAUACAGAGAUAGGAAUAUAUCAAGUGAUGCCUCUAUGAGUGUUGUUCCACUUACACUUGGAUCAAGACGAAAGCCAUAUGAUGAGUCAUGUCUUGUGGUUUUUUUCCAAUAUCCUGAAAUGAAAUCACAUGUCAGACGAUUGAUUUCUGAUCAAAGGCGCGAGAGAAAUCAAGUGCUUGUCCAAACCAAGGAAGUUAGUAUGAAACCAGACGACGUAGCCAGAAUAUUUCAAUCAGAAGAAUAUAGGGCUGCUGCAGAUAGUGGUCCAGUUAUCGGAUUGGAGUUCAAUGGAAAGGACUGUGUACAAAAUACUGAGGAUGCGCUUAAUCAGAUAUGUGAUCGCUCACUUGCAAGUAUAUACUUCUCAUCAACUCCUGAGAAAGCAUUACAUGACAUCGAUGCGUUCUAUAAUUUUGUUGACUUGUCUAUGAGUUAGGACGACGCCACUAAACCCAAAGUACGAACAUUUAUUUGUUUUUACUGAACCUGUGCGUUACCUCGCACCCAAGGGAAUGCUAGAUAGCGUGCUGGACUAAAGAGUAACGUAUGGAGCGAGACAGCGAAGCGUUUUAAAACAGAAGUUAUCCAACUUUUUUUUUUAAGGUUUGGGAUUAUUAAUUUAUCUGUGUACACAGUUUGCAAAGUAUUGAUCUCGGAAAAAGUCUUUUUUUUUCUUAUUUAUUUUAUGGCUCUAAAACACGCAGAGUUUUAAUUUUCUUCACCGUAGUUGUGCUUGAGGAGCCUCAAUUCUAAGCGGUUGGGAAUCAUAGGAAAGAGGUUCGAAAUCAUUCUAGUCAUUUUAUUUUGCCUAACCGAGUUACAUGUAGUAGCUAUACGGUUAGUUUUACCCAUUAGUUGUGUUGAUGAGCGACUUCGCUGGAUGAAAUAAUCGAGCUAGAUACGUUUUGAUGUAUCAAACUUGUGACUGGGAGGGGUGGGUAUGUCUCCUUCUCAUGUUCCUCGCGGUUUAAGGCUUAUCGUCUCGUGUCGUGAAUAAUAUGGGUCUUCCUUGAGAAGAGAACAGCAACCCGAAGACAGUGAAGCUCAUUUUGACACAUGUGGCCAUUACCAGUCGGUCGAAGACCACUUUUUUAUUUUCUGCCACUGAAACUAUACACUGAGAAGAAAGAUUCUUCUAGUGAGGGGGCAAAGAACUUCAGUCUGACUCUGGCGUCUCAAAAAUCUCUGCAGCUUAUACCUCAAGUUAGUCGAGUCAUACAAAUAACAUAAAUUUCGAUAGUGGCCGUAUUGUUUGAAUAUCAUGUAAUUACCUCAGUUAUGUUACAAUAUAUUUUUUUACAUUUAUAUUUGCAUCUCUCGAGUUUCUAUCAAAGCUACCACGUGCAUGGCAUAAAGUUAGCAAAUGUAAAAUAAUUUCUGUUAUUGUCACUGUUGUUUUUAACGAUGAUCAGUGUUUGACCAGCUCUGGUGCCCAGCGAACAAACAUCGUUGUAGUUUGUAACUUUAAAUUUGAGGAAUAAAUUAUAGCAAUUUUCAUGUCAUGAAAUCUUUCCCCUUUCGAAAUAUAAACAUUGCGUGACGAGGUAACUGAAGGUUUGCGUUAUAGUAAAAGCUAAGAUAGAUUACGAACGAAGCUAUUAAAAAAUAUACCAUGUUUUAUUAAAUUUUAUUGCCAUUAACAACAUUGUGUUAUUCAUAUCCACAUUCGCUUCCUUUCGUUAGUAAAUUUUCAGCGCAGUAAACAAAGAGAUAACAAAACGAAAUAAAUUACAGUUCACUACGA